UUUCUCUUUCUUUUCUAGAUAAUUAAAUGACUUUUUUAUCAAAUGGUAUCAUGAAUAAGAAGCAGCAAAAAAUCAUUUCAUUACAACGACGGAGAAGCAGUAUUAGUAGUAAUGAUAGCAUCAGUGAUAUGACAAUAGGACAUAACAACAUUAGCCGUCGAAAUAGUAUCACUAGCUCAAUAAAUACAAGUAAAUAUACCAGUGGAUUAACAGCCACAUCAACUUUUUCUUCUUUUAUGGAUGAACAUCAUAGUGAUGCAUCAACGUCAAAUUCGUCUGCUAUUGAGUUUACAAAUAAUUCAGUAGAAGAAUUUGAUAUCAUUGAUACAUUAGAUUAUGAAGACAUUGAUAACGGAUUAAUUGACCACGAGAAUGUACAUCGGAGCAGAGAAACGUUGAUAAACAAUCUUUUAACAUCAGAAGAAGCUUACACAGAGUCACUCGAAUUGGUUAUGCGGUUAUUUCUAUUACCAUUAAGAAAGGACACAACAGCACACACUCCGUUCAACUUUCUCGGAAUAAAAAAAAUGGUGUGUACAGAAAGGGAAUUUCGUUGGUUAUUUGGAAAUUUUGAAGAAUUAGUUCAUGUUCAUCGUCUUACAUUAAAAAGUCUACAAGAAAGAUUACGAAUCUGGGGACCAACACAAAUUUUGUCCGAUGUAUUUCAAGCUUGGUUUCCGAACUUGGAAUGCUAUCGUGUAUAUCUGAAUAAUUAUGCUAUUACCCUUACAACCUAUGAAAGAUUGACGAGGUAUCAACCAUUUAAAAAGUUUAUUGCUACUGCACACAAGGAUAAAUCAUUAAAAGGUGCUAGCUUACUUUCUUUAAUUCAACUACCAGUUAGAUGUAUUGAUCGAUAUGUAGAUGUAAUUACAAAGUUGGCCGAAGUCACUUCUUCUCUACAUCCAGACUAUGUAGGUUUACAAGCUUCAAAAUCAUGGAUUCAACACUUUCGGCAUUCUAUUCACGACAAACUUUUAGAUGCUAAUAACGUAGAUCAAGUACUUAUGAUACAUCAAGCUCUUCAAGGCGCUCCAUUUAGUGUAAGAGCAGAAAGAAGGCUAAUCAUUCAAGGACAAUUAUCUCGAGUUGUACCAAGUACGAAAUCAUUGGGAGAAGAAAGACGUUAUAUAUUAUUUAGCGAUAUGUUAGUCUUUGCUAAAACGAAAGUUGAAGGGAAAGUGAUAAAAUUGCAAUACAAAGGUCAUUUAACAUUAGAACGAGCUAGAGUACGCGCUAUACCAAAGGAUGAAAUAGAUGGUAUUUUAAACUGUAUUGAAAUCGUUUCUUCAUUCUCAGGUGUAGAUAAUUUAAAUACCACAUUCAUUGCUGGACCUACUGUUUAUAUUCUUCAUAUGAAUUCAGAUAAAGAAAGAAAUAGUUGGUUAACGAAAUUAGAAUAUGUUAUAGACAAAUUAGACAAAUACGCAGCAGCUAAACACGGUAUGUAAACAUAUAAUAUGCUCUUUUUUUUUCUUAUAUUUUAAUGAAAAUAGCACAAGCAACUCGUCGUAUGAUACAGAAUAGAGCGCCAAGGGGUAGUAUAAGUAAUUCUCCUACUAUUUCUACUGUAUCAGAUGAAACAUCUUCAAAAGACUGUAGUUCUUAUACCAGCUAAAAUUAUUUAUUUACAUAUUCGUUUUAAUUUUUUAAUGAACUCAUAUCUAUCAUAAACAAAAAAAGAAGAAAUGUUUAUUUAAUAUAUAUAAAGAGGAGUAAAAAGUAUUAUCAAGUAAUUUAUUAUAUUUAGCUGCAUAAUAAAGUGUCG